UGCAUCAUAUCCUUUCGCCAAAUCUGCUUCUUAACCAGUUCUUUCUGAAAAACAAGGAAGAGGAGACAGCAGUAAAUACCACCGCGGGAAAAUAAUAGCCUUAAGACUUUGCAAAUACUGCAAUUGUUCAUUCUUCCCUUCCCGCGCUGUACAUAAGCCUUUCGCCAUGCCAAAUAUAGUAAUUUUCAGUGGCAGUUCGCACCACGAUUUGUCACAAAAAGUGGCAGACAGGCUCGGACUGGAACUAGGAAAAGUGGUCACAAAGAAAUUCAGCAACCAAGAAACAUGUGUCGAGAUUGGAGAAAGUGUUCGGGGAGAGGAUGUCUACAUUGUGCAGAGUGGAUGUGGGGAAAUCAACGACAACUUGAUGGAGCUGUUGAUCAUGAUCAAUGCCUGUAAGAUUGCGUCAUCUUACCGGGUGACUGCAGUUAUUCCAUGCUUCCCUUAUGCCAGACAAGACAAGAAGGAUAAGGGUCGUGCUCCCAUCUCUGCAAAGCUUGUAGCCAACAUGCUGUCAGUUGCAGGAGCAGAUCACAUCAUUACCAUGGACCUGCAUGCAUCACAGAUUCAGGGUUUCUUUGACAUUGCUGUGGACAAUCUGUAUGCAGAGCCUGCUGUUAUUCAGUGGAUUAAAGAAAAUAUCCCAGAAUGGAAAAACGGUAUCAUUGUGUCUCCUGAUGCCGGGGGAGCAAAAAGAGUCACCUCAAUUGCUGACAGACUGAACGUGGAGUUUGCCCUCAUUCACAAAGAAAGAAAGAAAGCCAACGAAGUGGAUAGAAUGGUCUUAGUGGGUGAUGUGAAAGACCGGGUGGCUAUUCUCGUAGAUGACAUGGCGGACACAUGUGGCACAGUCUGCCAUGCUGCUGAGAAAUUGUUAUCUGCUGGUGCUACCAAGGUGUAUGCUAUACUGACCCAUGGGAUCUUCUCUGGCCCUGCCAUUUCCCGGAUAAACAAUGCUGCAUUUGAGGCUGUUGUAGUUACCAACACCAUUCCACAGGAAGAAAAAAUGAAACACUGCCCAAAGAUUCAGGUGAUUGAUAUUUCAAUGAUCCUUGCUGAAGCCAUCCGAAGAACACACAAUGGAGAAUCUGUGUCUUACUUGUUCAGUCAUGUCCCGUUAUAAUAGAGAAGAAAACAAAGACCUGCAUUUCUUCUGCUUCAAGACUCCAGUUGUGACGCACCUACCUGAACCAGUGCAAAGCCAGAGCAAUUGGCCUGCACACAAUUGACUUAAACAAUUAUUGAGUAGCCAUUCCAGCUAAAGGGGUUCUUUUUUCAGAGUUUUCCACACCUUCACACCCAGCCACAUGCAUACUUCAUUCCCCAGAACAGUGAAUGUUGCCUUAAAGCAGGAGCUUGGCUUACCUUAUACCUAUGGAUUGAAGUUUUCGGGUUUUAUUUUUGAUCACAUAAGUCCCUUUUUUAAACGUAUUUUUUUCUCAGCAUAAAAUACCCAGUACGGGGUGUACACUGAUAGGAAGUCCAUUUAAAAUCUCUUUGAUUUGUAGCAAAGAGAAACAUAAUCUUAAACCCAGUCGCUAAUUAGUAGUUUUCUCUUUAUUAGGAUGCAGAGACAGCUUAAUAACGACUAAUUAACAUUUUAAAGGGAGGUAAAGAUUUGGGGGAAAAAAACCCGAAAAGUUCAUGCUCUUCUUGUACCUCAUUUUGUUUGCAACUCAAUCUGAAUGACAAAUUUAGUUGGUCUUCUUUUAAAGUGCAUUAAUAGCAGAACCAAUUUUUAUAUAUAAUACAAAGAAUUUAGCUACCUUAUGUCAGUGGCUUGGGUGAAACUGUUCACUUGCUAUAUAAAGUCUUAAGUUUAUGUCUAACACUUUUAAAUGAUACAGAAGAAUAUCUUUUGUUGGCAGUGUUUAAAAUGUUACUUUUUUCAGCAAUUUUUUGUAUUGAAUGCUCAGGAUAUUAGCCAGUAAGUUUGGACUUGAUAAAAUGUCUAGUCGAGGAAGGAGUUUAAAGAAAUAUUAAUCUUUCCAAUGCUUGUCAUGUCUGCUUAAGUUAUGGCAGCUUCUGCACAAAACAUGUACAGUUUUCACUUCUAGAAAUAAUUAAUAUUUUUUGAAAUGCAAAACCAGUACAGUUUUAUUCUCAAUAAAACAAAAAAAAAAAGUUGA